AUGAUUCUUGCUUAUAUCUUUGGCCUGCUGGUCGCCACGUCCGGCGUGGCCAAGGCUGUGGAACUCACCGGUUAUGAAUAUGUCAUUGUCGGUUCCGGUGCUGGUGGUGGUCCUCUGGCAGCCCGACUUGCUUUGGCUGGUCACAAGACACUGCUCAUUGAGGCUGGUGAUGACCAGGGUGAAACCUACAACUACACCAUCCCUGCCUACUCCGCCAGAGCCUCCGAAGACGAGAAGCUUUCGUGGAACUUUUUCGUCCACCACUACGAAGAUGACGAGCGUCAGGCUCGCGAUUGGAAGACUAGCUAUGAUACGCCCGAUGGCGGGAUAUACACUGGCCUCAACCCUCCCGAGGGCUCGACCUUGAAGGGAACCCUCUACCCUCGUACAGGUACCCUCGGUGGUUGCACUGCCCACAACGCUUUGAUUGCAGUCUAUCCUUACCAGUCUGACUUUGAAUACAUUCAGACUAUCACCAACGAUAGCUCUUGGGCACCCGACAAUAUGCGCAAGUACUUCACUAAGCUGGAGAACAACGGUUACUCUCUUCCCGCAGUUGAGGGCCACGGUUACGACGGCUGGUUGUCGACCGAAACCGCGCCCCUCAGCAUUGUCUUAGAGGAUACCCAGUUGCUGAGCUUGCUCACCGGUGGUGCCUUUGCGCUCGGUAACACGACCGAUCAAGUUAUGAACCUUGGCACUCUGCUAGUUGGCGAUGCCAAUGCUGACACGGAGACCCGUGACACCGAGCCCGGUUACUACCAGAUCCCUAUCUCCACCGACGACGCUCACCGCAAUGGUGCCCGUGAAUUCAUCAUCUCUGUACGCGAUGCUACGAAUGACGAUGGCUCUAAGAAGUACCCUCUUGAUGUCCGCAUGAACACCCACGUCACCAAGGUGACCUUCAAUGAGACCGAAACCCCACCCCGUGCCACCGGUGUGGAGUUCCUCGAUGGCGAGCACCUCUACAGGGCCAGUCCUCUGUCGAACUCCGCUGUUUCUGGUACCCCCGGUUCCGCCACCGCUUCUCGUGAAGUCAUCGUUGCCGGUGGAGUAUACAACUCUCCCCAGAUCCUCAAGCUGAGUGGUAUCGGACCCGCCGAGGAACUCGAGAAGUUCGGUAUCAAGGUCAUCAAGGAUCUCCCCGGUGUCGGCACCAACCUCCAGGACCACUAUGAGAUCUCCGUUCAGGGCCAGGUCGAGGAGGACUUCUCCUGCUUGGACACGUGCACCUUCAGCAUUCGCGACCAGGCGGACCCUUGCAUCAGUGAUUGGGAGUCUCCUGUUCUUGGCGACCACGGAAUUUACUCAUCCCCCGGUCUCGCCGCCACCAUGCUAUACAAGAGCUCCACGGCCACUGAUGACUUCGACAUUUUCGAAUUCGGUGGCCCUGUUAACUUCCGUGGCUACUUCCCCGACUACAGUAUCAAUGCGACUGACGAACACAACUGGUUUACCUGGGCUAUUCUCAAGUCUCACCCCCGCAACUCUGCCGGAACCGUCGUUCUGCAGUCCGCUGAUCCUCUUGACAUGCCUAAGAUCACCUUCAACUACUUCGACACUGGUGUCGGCGACUACGAGGCUGAUCUCACUGCUAUGUACGAAGCUGUCCAGCUUGCCCGUGACGCGUUCAAGCGCCAGGCCGUCAACAUCACUGAGGUUCUCCCUGGCCCUGAUGUCCAAUCCAAGGAAGACAUCAUCGAUUACAUCAAGGAUGGUACUUGGGGUCACCAUGCAUCCUGCACUUGCCCCAUUGGUGCUGAUGAUGACGCGAUGGCUGUCUUGGACUCCAAAUUCCGUGUCCGCGGUGUCUCUGGUCUUCGUGUCGUUGAUGCUUCCGUUUACCCCAAAGUCCCCGGUACUUUCACCGCGCUUUCUACUUACAUGGUCGCCGAGAAGGCCGCUGAUGAGAUUCUGAGUGAGCUUGAGGCCAGUUCCUAA